AUUGAAUUUUCACUUUUAGAAAUUAUAAACCGGUUUCCUCACGUAUAUCCAUGACACUACACAUUAAAGCGGCCAAACAAAUUGGUUCGGAAACAAAAAACAAAUUCAUUAGAUGAUUAAUCUCAGACUUGUAUAAAGAAUUUUAAGUUCACUCUACCUAAUACUAUAAUUUUACAGUAGAAUAUAUAUAUAGGUAACACAGAAACAAAAAUUAACGAUCAUCAACGAAAAAUGUAUUUUUAAAAGUUACACGUAAAAUUUUAAAUAUAAAUUACACAGUACAGCCAAGUUUAUAAAUGUAUACGAAAUUAAUGUACCACACGAAUUACUUUCAACACAAAAUUUCCUGCAAAGUAUUUAAAUGUAUUCAAAAUUAAUGUUAAGAUUUUUGUCCAGUUCCAAGGUAUUUGAUUAUUAAAUGUCAAGAGAGACAUUCAUAUAUACAUACAUACACGUGUCUGUGUGUAGAAAAAAUAUGUAGGUUUUGUGAAGGAAGAAGUUUAGCCUGGUCAAUGUCAAAGUUUAUUGCGUUCUAGUUUACUACGGUCAAACUCGCUAAGAAUAAUUUUUUAAAAAGAAACUGGAAUGCAUGCGAUUCACAGACCAGGUUAGACUUAUCCAGUUUGACGAAGCAAGUUCUAAUGGUGCGAGAAAGCCUUUAAAAGACGUGAGUACCAUCGUUGCACCAUGGCAGUUUGUUACUGUAGUGCGACAAUAGUGAGUCGAUCUAGUUGACAAAAAUUACUAGUAGAUAUGAAGAUCCUGUGUCUGCUGCUGGCUAGAGGAAAGUCGGUCUUGUUUGACGCUUGCUAAUUAUACUUUUGUUGGUACAUUUGUGCUGUCCAAAGUUCAUGCAGAGAAUAGCAAUACGCCAAUCAGAAGAUUUCACGGUUACAAGAAAUCGAUGGUGGAAACAGACGCCAGAAGUAUGACGGGUGGUUUGAAGUCGUCUGCUAGACAAAUUGAAUCUGUUCGCAAAGGAAGGGACGUUCGUGCUAGAAAAUAUUCAAGAGUUACAAUUGGUCCGAUGGGAUAUCGUAAAACAAUAAAGUCACAAUUACCAGUGCAGUCUGGAAAGAUGAAAAAGUUUAUGGGAUUGUCAAGAUUGAAUUCGUCGCAGAGAAGAAGAUCAUUAGACGUCGGUUAUUCUACCCAGAAUUCCCUGAAGCGAAGUCAGUACAGUUACAACCAUAAGGAAGUCUCGAACGUGAUUCAUUUGGAGCCCUUAGUCCACAAAGUGCAUCGGAAUAAUAUUUUUGAUUGGAUGCUAACAUUUUUAAGCCGAAUUAUUGGUUCCGAUAAAAUUAAUUACAGCAAGACUAUGACGUCAGUUAAGAAUUUUGGGCCUUUGCUAGGACCUGUUAAUUUUCCUGGUAUAGACGGUAAUGUUUACAUCAGGCAACUCGAUCCUGUCCACGAAGAAGCAGAUCACGUUGUUAUACAUUUAGUACAGAAGGUAUCAAGUAGUCCACAUGAAUUUCCAAUGAAGAGUGCGAAUUCAGUGUCAUUAGACUCCUUAGCAAAAUCCUCGACUAUUCGCUCAGCUCUGUUGCCACCAAACGCCUCAGCUUAUUUGGAUAAAACCUCAUUGCCUGCGAAUCAUCGUAAUGGCGAGAAAAACACGUCGAAUGUAAACACUUUGGGAAUAAGAUAUUCCAAACCAUUGUUACUUCAAAAUAUUCGAGGGCAUAAUUCUCUGAUUCAAAAUAUGCACCCUGGAUUAGAUGGAGGGAAAAAUUUCAUCCCUCUUUCUCAGCGUCCCUAUGAAUCUCAUGAAUAUCAUUCAGCUAUUUCUAAUAUUCGUCCACCUGCUAUAGAACAGACUCUAAGUAAUAUACGCCAGAAAAAGAAAGGAUCAUCUUAUAAUAAGGGUAAUAUGAUGACGUUCCCACUGGAAUCAUCACAGAAAAUUAAAAAUUUAUCGAUUUAUCCGCCCUUACCAGCUAAGAGUAGAAAUGCUGAGGAAAAGAAUCAAGAUAGUUUGUAUCCUGUGGAGAAUAUUUUAUCUCAAGAAUCGCAGAUAAUUCGAUCAAACCGUAUAGUGCCAUCUAGCGCAUCAUUUAAACAACUUCAAACCCAAAUGAAUAUGGGUGGUGGGUUAAAGAUCGUUACUCCGCCAAUUUUAAGUGGAGGAUCGCGAUCUAAUUUAAAAAAUUCGAAUUCAAAUAACAUUCAGGAGACUUAUACCAUUGCGCCGAUCAAUUACUCCAGUCAUCAUUAUGAUAAUAAGGAAUUAAUGAAAGUGGAGAAAUCAGCUGUGAGGAAUGAUAAAAAAAUCAUCAAUUCUACAUCAACAAUCGAGAAUGUGACUCAUAAAUCUACACCAGGUGUCAUAAUAGUAACACCGAAUAAUCCUUGGCAUUAUGAUAAAACGACACAUAAAUUACAGCAGGAUAUCAAACCAGUUUACGAGAUCCAAAAUGAUUACCAGGAUAGCACUAGAUUAGGAAAAUCAAAUAACAUUACGUUAACGUCUAUCGAUAGAAAAUUGGUAAAAUCAACUUGACUUUCGAUAUUCAAUUAAUAAAAUUUAAUAAUUUAUUAUAAAUACUAUCUACCACAUAAUAUACAUUGUUACCACCAUGUUACCAUACUAUUUAUUAGUACAUAUAAAAGAACCAACUAUCCAUAUCACUAUUGUUAUCAUACUACUGUUAAUGAUUGUUACGAAUACAACAAUUUACAUCUUCAUCUUGUAGAAUAUGAGUAAUUUCUUAGUUACUCUUCCACAGAUAUUGUUUUACGUACAUAUAAAGGAAAAAUAUCUAUUAUGGCGUAACUUUUCUCUCACGGUCAAUAAAA